GAUCAAGCAUUCGCUGUGGACGGUGGCUUCUACGCGUGCGUGUACGAGCGCCAGCAGCCCGUGUGGCAGCAGACCGCCUUCUCCCAGAGCUCCUCCUCGGCUAGCUCUCCACUCCUCUAUCCCUUCGUCCACCCCACACCCACUCACCCCCCUUCCCCACGCGCGCAGGAUCAAGCAUUCACUGUGGACGAUGUCAGCCCAUAUGGCAGACUAUCCUCUCCCCUACUCAGCUUGCCGUCUGUUCCCCUCUCUUCCUCGCUGUUCCCCGCCCUCAGGAUCAAGCAUUCACUGUGGACGAUGGCUUCUACGCGUGGGAUGUAUGAGCGCCAGCAGCCCGUGUGGCAGACCAUCCUCUCGUUCAUGCUGCCGGUCUUCACAGUGGCGUGCUGCCUCUUCCCCGUCUUCCCCCACUGGUGCAAGCUCACUGUGCUCUACUUUCUCCUCGGCUUGAUCGCCCUGAUCUUCCUCCUCCUCUUUGUGCGGGUGGCCAUAUUUGGAGUCAUCUGGCUGGCUCUGGGCAAGCGCGUGUGGUUCUUCCCCAGCAUCCUCGCGGAGGAGGGCUCGCUGGCGGAGCUCUUCCGCUUCUGGCCAGAUAAGGACGACAAGCGCCGCCGCUAAGAUCACGACCCGGCUGGCUGUGGCUGUGAUGCUGGCAUUCACGUUCUGGCUCAUGGUGACCUACGCCCCCGACCAAGAGCAGCGCGCAAAGUACCAGAAGAAAGUGUCCAACAUUAUUGACGACGUUUUACAAUGGAAACCGCAGAUGCUUACAGGGAAGACAACGCCGGCUGCCCCUGCUAAUGCUACAUCAGCCAAUCAGACGUCCGCAAAUGCCACUGCUGACAACUCCACAAGCUCCGACGCUACUGCAGAAACGGUGGAGGCUAAGGCAUCUAGCAGCGGUGGUAGCGAUGCCUCUGGUGGCAGCAGCACUAACACAGAGAGCAAGGAUGUAUUCGAGGAGCAGUUGUCGGGAGGUACCCAAAAGAAGACGGGAAUGGAAGCAGGUGCUUGACUAGAGUAUGGUAAUGAUUCCCUAGAAAUCAGCAGGUGUCUGCAUUAGUUAUUGGAGUUAUUGUUAUUGUGCAGAUCAGAUGUAUGCUGUAUUGCAGGCAGCCAGCCACAGACCACCACCACCUCCACCAUCAUCUCUUGCUCCACCUCCGCACUCCGCGUCUUCGCCGCUUCCCGUACGGUAACCUCCCCGCCACGCGCUUUCUGGUGUCUCAGAAACAAUGGCUGACGACGAGCCUGUGGAUCCGAAGCUCGAGAUUGAGGAGGGCUGCCGGCCGAAGUGCGUAAAGCAGCUGCUCGCGUAUGAGGCUUGUGUGAAGAGGAUCGAGGGCGACGAGACUGGGGAGAAGCAUUGCACUGGCCAGUACUUCGACUACUGGGCGUGCAUCGAUAAAUGCGCGGCUCCUAAAAUCUUCGCCCAGCUAAAAUGAUGGCUUACCGUACAUUCACUCACCUACCGUAUGGUAAAGCUGGCUGAUGUGAUGUGCACCCGCUGUUGCUGAAGGCAUUUUCUGGCCAUGAAAUGCACUGUACCACUACUUGACAUUCUUUCAAAUAUAUGCAGUGCAGUGGUGGCUCAGGUAGCGCUUGAGGCAUUGGCAUUUCCCUUUCUCUGGUCGAAGUACUGGUAACUGGAAGGAUCUGCACAAAUAUCGUUUGUCCAAUCAAAAUCAGAGGGGGGAGAGAGAGAACCUGAAGGAAAGUCCACCUGAUGGAAAGUACAUCAAAGGCCGCUGCAGUGUGUAUGACUUAGGAAUGCAGUUUUGGUU